AUGAAGGCAGUUCACGGUCACCAGAGGCAGGAGUAACACCACCAUGGCCGCGUGAAACAGUGUCUUCAUUGCAAGCCUCAUCAAAAGUAUAUGUGUGCAAGCUAAUAAAAAUAUUAGCAGUUGUGAGCACCAUGGGAAUUCUGAGUGGACUGGCAGUGGGAGUCUGGCUUUUAGUAGUUAAAUUCUUUAUAAAACCGAUGGCCUCUCAGGGCUCAGUAGAAUUUGGAGACACCAAGGAAACCUCAUUCUGCAACAUUACAGAUGACAUUCCUGUACCUGACCACAAAAAAGUUUUUUACAGAAUAAGCUCAGAGAACUCUUUACUUGAAAUACAACUGGAAAAAUUGCAAUCCUGGCUUCCAGUAUGCUAUGAAAGAUGGAAUGCGAGUCUUGGAAACUCAAUUUGCCGACAUCUUGGAUACCUAAGGCUCACAAAACACAAAGGAGUCAAUCUUACAGACAUUGGACCCAAUUAUACGGAUGGAUUUGUUCAAAUUAAUGCAGAUGCCAAAAAUGAUCUAAAGAAUAUAUGGCAGUUCAGGGGAAGUUGUGUUACAGGGAAAGUUAUUGCACUGAAGUGUUUCGAUUGUGGCACACGAGCAAAACUACCGAGAAUAAUUGGAGGAACUGAGGCAAAUUUGGGAAGAUGGCCAUGGCAAGUGAGUCUUUAUCAAAGCUCAAAACACAUUUGCGGAGGCUCUAUAAUAACUAACCAAUGGAUAGUGACUGCUGCACACUGUGUACACAAUUAUAGGUUACCUCAGGUUUCCAGUUGGAUUGUUUAUGCUGGAAUAGUGACUCAAAGUUCAGUAAAACUGGAGGAAAACUCUGGCUAUUCUGUUGAGAAGAUAAUUUACAAUGAAAAGUACCACCACCGAAGUCAUGAUAAUGACAUUGCAUUAAUGAAGUUAAAACUGCCUCUGAACUUUACUGAUACGGUUAGACCAGUCUGCCUCCCACAAUAUGAGGAAGAAUUUGCAGGUGGCACUCGCUGUUGGAUAUCUGGAUGGGGCCACACAAGGCCAGAUGAUGCACACAUUCCUGAUAUGUUAAAGGAAGCAAGUGUUCCCUUGAUCAGCACAAAGAAAUGCAACAGCUCCUGUAUGUAUAAUGGAGAAAUCACUCCCAGAAUGCUGUGUGCUGGCUACCCUGAAGGCAAUAUAGAUGCAUGUCAGGGUGACAGCGGAGGGCCUCUGGUGUGCCAAGAUGAAAACGUCUGGCGUUUGAUUGGGGUGGUCAGCUGGGGUACAGGAUGUGCUGAGCCCAAUCACCCAGGAGUCUAUGCUAAAGUAUCAGAGUUUCUGGACUGGAUUUAUGAAAUAAUUGAGAGCUAUUAAUCUGUUCUACAAACCUACAAUGGAAAAAGCAGGCGCAGAACAUUGAUGGUUGUAUUAUUAGUGCCCUGAAGAAAAAAGAAACCAACAUUAUCAAAAAUGGAAUGAAACCUUGCUAA